AUGCAAUCCAUACUGCUGGUAGUACUGGUUCUCCUCGCAUUUGCGGCAGCGGACAAAGAAGCAGAAGCAGCUGAAGCCCUCCCGCCUCAAGCCCUUCCUGGCUGCACUGACCACUGCGGCAAUCUCACCAUUCCAUAUCCGUUUGGCAUAGAAAAGGAUUGUUACAUGUCAGAAGACUUUUCUGUCCGUUGUAACACAUCCGCUGAACCUCCAAUAGCAACGUUGGGAGAUGGUAACAUCGUUAUUACCAACAUAUCUCUGGCUGAGGGUGAGAUGCAGAUACCGCAGUUUGUAGCCAGCGAUUGCUAUAACAGCCAGGGCGAGCGUUCUAACUUUCUAACAGAUCUCUGGGUGCGUCCUUUCACCGUUUCUCAAACUAGAAACAAGUUCAUUGCCGUUGGUUGCGACACUUACGCAAUUUUCAGAGGCUACCGUGCCGACGAAGAGUGGUUAAUGAGCGGAUGCAUGUCCAUAUGUGACAACCGUGAAAGCGUCGAACAGUCUUGCUCCGGUGUUGGCUGUUGCAAAACUGACAUCCCUAUCGGACUUUUCAACUACACUGUCAGACUGGACAGUUAUUAUAAUCAUACAUACGUACUGGACUUCAAUCCAUGCAGCUAUGCCUUCAUUGUGGAAGAAGGCAAUUUUACCUUUUCCCCGAAUACAAGUUUCCAAGAUCUGUCCAACAUUGAAAAGCUUCCCAUGAUUCUGAAUUGGGAAAUUGGAGAAGUUUCAUGUGAUGAAGCUCAAAAGAAAGAUGACUACGCAUGCAAGGCUAAUAGUACGUGUGUCGAUCGGACCAUCAGCAAUGACCGAUCUGGUUAUAUUUGCCAAUGCCUAGAGGGUUAUCAAGGAAAUCCUUACCUCCCUGAUGGAUGCCAAGUGCUGCAGCCAGAAAUUAAAAGUCUAUCUGAUUUUGGGUUGAUUUAUAAAAUGCGUUUCCUGAUUUUCUUUCAGAUAUCGAUGAGUGCAAGGUUUCAAACACCUGCACCAAUGGAAAGUGUCAAAAUUCACCUGGAAGUUACUCCUGCAGUCCGUGUGACAGAGGGUGUAACGGGGGGCUUCUUGGUUCUGUUCGUUGGAAUUUCUUGGAUUUGUUGCGCAAUGAAGAACAAAAAGCUCAAGAAACUCAAAGAAAAGUACUUUCAAGAAAAUGGUGGCUUAUUGUUACUACAACAACUCGCUAACCAUGGAGGCUCAGUGGAGACAACAAAAAUCUUCACCGAAGAAGAACUAGAGAAUGCAACAAACAAUUACCAUGAGAGUGGAGUCCUUGGAGAAGGAGGCUACGGAACAGUUUAUAAAGGAGUACUAAAGGACAACAAAGUAGUUGCCAUAAAGAAGUCAAAAGGAGGUACCUCGACCCAGAGCGAACAGUUUGUUAACGAGGUGAUUGUUCUUUCUCAAAUCAACCACAGAAAUGUGGUGAAGCUACUAGGUUGUUGUUUGGAGACAGCAGUGCCUUUACUGGUAUACGAAUUUGUCAACCAUGGCACUCUAUACGAGCACAUUCAUAAAAGAAGAUCAUCACUGUCAUUUGAACUGCGAAUGAAGAUAGCUGUUGAAACAGCUGGAGCACUAGCAUACUUACACUCCUCCACAUCAAUGCCAAUCAUACAUCGAGAUGUGAAAGCAGCAAAUAUACUCCUGGAUGAUAAUUAUACAGCCAAAGUGUCGGACUUUGGAGCUUCACGGUUGGUUCCUCUAGGUCAAACCGAAAUACAAACUUUGGAGCCGCCCUGCUUGGCCCGACGCCAUCACGGCCUUUGUCAGCCGCCGACCUCAACCAUUAUGCUGACUCUGUGCGCCGUCCUAUUCUUGCCCAACGCCGCGAACCGGGAAAUUUCGCCUCCUGGUUUCAGUAGGCCCGUUCUCACACAAACAUCCGGGUCGGGGAAUGGCCCACCGCCACCGGGGAAGACCGAGCAUGGUAUGCGGCUCGCCAAAAGACCGAUCAAACAAUCUGGGAAGCAGCAGGCAUCCGCGAGGCCAUUGCCUUAA